CUCGUCCACCAUGGCUCCACUGUUCCACGUGGAGGCUCUUCUCCCGAGCUCGAUCUCACCCAAGAUCGACUCCAUCCUCCACUCCCACAUCUACCCGCAGGUAGGUCACGUCUUCCGCGCCGUCGCCAGGUUCAGGGCCCUGCUCGUCGACGUGAUACUCAGCAAGAAGAAGACGGCCGCCGCGAGAGCUGGCAGCGGCGGGUACGGCUACUACGGCCGCUCGACGAAGAGGAGCCGCGGCAAGAAGCGGACGAGCAAGAUCGCCGGCUUCGUGAAGAUGCAUUUCGUCGGCUCCUCCGUCCCGGCUCGGGCGAGGGAUCGGCUGGAGGCCAGCCGCGCGCCCUGCUAUUCUUCGUACUACGACUACGAGUACUCGGCGGCGUGGAACGCUGUGGUUCCAGCGACGCCGGCGGCCGUGGAGGAGGAGGUCGUGGAGGUGUGCGACGACACGGCGGAGUGCGGGUACCUGUGUUGGCUGGAGGAGGAGACGUCGUCGGGUGGCACGCCGGCGGGCGAGGGCGAGGGCGAGGCUAGUCCGGCGGUGAACGAGAUCGACAAGCUGGCGGAGAAGUUCAUCGCGAGGUUCCACGCAAAGUUCUUACUGGAGAAGCAGGAGUCGUACCGGAGGUACCAGGAGAUGAUCGCCAGGAGCAUAUGAACCACGAGAUCCAUGGAGGA